GAAAAAUUAAAAUGACAGCUGGAGAAUUUUUAAAUUUUUGGCCCUAUUAUUCUUAUUCCCCUUUCUACAAACACAGCGACACCUUUGACUACUACAAAUUCGGUCCAAUGUAUGACUGUUAUUACCGAAUACCUUACAGACUCCCACCAACGCAAAGUUAUUUUUCUUGGCGUUAUGAGAAUAGUUAUUACCCCUACUAA